AUGAGUACCAAAUAAUAAAACUUCGGUUAAAUUUAAUUAAUAUAUGGUCCUAUGUUUAGUGGAAAAACUUCCGAACUUCUUAGAAUAGUAAAAAGAUACUCUUAUGCUAAAAAAAAAUGUCUUGUAGUUAAUUAUAUAAAAGAUAAUCGUUAUACAGAAAGUACUUCUAUAUGUACACACGAUAAAAUAACUUUAGAUAAUAAUAAUUCCUAUAUAUAAACAUAAAAAUGUUUAAAAUUACAAGAAAUAAUGGAGAAAUAUGAAAUGUUUGACGUAAUAGCUAUAGAUGAAGGCUAAUUUUUCUAAGAUAUUGAUGAAAAAUGCGACUUUUUUGCAAAUAAUGGAAAAAUAGUCUUAGUAGCAGCUUUAGAUGCAACUUUUUAAAGAAAACCUUUUAAUAAUAUUUUAAAUUUGGUUUGUAUAUCUGAAUCUGUAACUAAAUUAACUGCUGUUUGUGUUUCUUGUGGAGGUAAUGCUUCUUUUACAAAAAGAAAAAUUAAAUGCGAUUAAAUUGAACUUAUUGGAAGUAGUGAAAUAUAUGAACCUGUCUGUAGAACUUGCUUUUAUAAUAAUGAAUAUGAUGGUAAUACUUAAGA